GCUGAGUCCGUGACGUCAGCGUGACUGGGGCCACUCCUCAUUCCUCAGCAGGUGGAGGUGAUUUCCUCCACCUGAACCUGAAGCAGCUCAACAACCAGGAAGCUUCACAACCUCAGCCGCAGUCGCUCCACUCGGACCUGUUUGUUCCGCUGCGGUCAAAGAUCGCCCCGCAGUGGCGUUAUUAAUGUCGCUGUGUUUCAUGGCAUAAUGAGGCCAACAGCAGAGCUUUGACAAAGUGAGAGGCUGUGAUUGAAGAGCAGAGAGCAUCAUGGGGACCCAGGAGACCUCCUCGCUCUGGGAGAGAGUUGUUUCGUGCUGCUGUUGCUGCUGUAACUCCUGCAAGAAAGAGCAGGAGGAGAAACUUGACCAGAACAAAACGAUUACAGUUUUGAGUAACCCAAUGACCCGGGGUCCUGGAGGUCCCCCUGAAAACAGACCUUUGCCUUCACCUCCAAAGUCGGAGCGCUACAUCGCCCUGUUUGAUUACUCCGCUCGUACCGACAACGACCUGACGUUUAACACCGGGGAUUACCUGGAGGUCCUGGACACCAGUGCCGGGGAGUGGUGGGUUGCCAGAGCCCUGACCGGGAUCUCAAUCGACAGAAAGGGAUACAUCCCGGCCAACUACGUGGCCCCUGUGGAGAGCAUUGAUGCUGAACCAUGGUAUUUCCCAGACACCAAGCGACUGGAUGCAGAGAAGUUGCUGCAGGGUGAAGGGAACCGGGAAGGAGCAUUCCUCAUUAGAAACUCUGAAAGUCUGAAAGGAGAGUACUCCCUCUCAGUUUUGCACCAAGAGAGAGUGAAACAUUAUAAGCUCCAGAAACUGGAUAAUGGCCACUACUACGUGUCAAAGACCAAAUCCUUCCCAACCCUGAAGGAGUUGGUGGAGUAUUACUCCAGACAGAGUGAUGGGCUGUGUGUGCUUCUGGGCGAGCCAUGUAGGAAGAUGGAGGCUCCACAGACCUACGGUCUGUCCUACAACACGGUGGAUCAGUGGGAGAUUCCUCGCAACUCUAUCAAACUGAUGGAGAAGCUGGGCGCCGGACAGUUUGGAGAAGUCUAUAAAGGGACGUGGAAUGAAACCACGGAAGUCGCUGUAAAGACCCUCAAACCUGGUACUAUGGACCCUGAAGAUUUCCUGGCAGAGGCUCAGCUCAUGAAGAGACUCCGGCACCCCAAGCUGAUCCAGCUCUAUGCUGUGUGUACCAUGGAGGAGCCCAUCUAUAUCAUCACUGAGCUGAUGAAGCACGGCAGCCUGCUGGACUACCUUCGAAAGGAUAAGGGGAAGACUCUUCGUGUGCAGGACCAAAUUGAAAUGGCAGCCCAAAUCGCAUCUGGCAUGGCUUACCUGGAGCAGCAGAACUACAUCCACAGAGACCUUGCUGCCAGGAACGUCCUGGUGGGAGAGAAUAACAUCUGCAAAGUGGCAGACUUUGGCCUGGCCAGGGUUUUUAUGAAAGAAAGUGAGAAUGUGUAUGAGGCCAGGGACGGGGGCAAGUUUCCUGUGAAGUGGACCGCUCCAGAGGCCAUCCACAACAACAAGUUUUCCAUCAAGUCAGACGUUUGGUCCUUUGGGAUCUUGCUGUAUGAGAUCAUGACAUUUGGCCAGAUGCCUUACCAAACCAUGACAAACAUUCAGGCGGUCCAGUGGAUUUCUGGAGGCCACAGACUGAGCUGCCCCCCCGGCUGCCCGAAGCCAAUGCACCUUCUCAUGUUGGACUGUUGGAACGAGAAGGAACUCGACCGACCCACGUUUGAGACACUGCAGUGGCAGCUGGAGGAUUUCUUUGACAUGGAUUUGAGUUCCUACGAUGACAGCUCCAACUAUUAGAGCAAAAAAAAAAAAAAAACUUGUUUGACUUCUAAUGAAGUAUUAAAAACCCCCAAAAGACAAGCUUAUAAUCACUCGAUUCAGCAAUGAUUCUUUCAAAUCCCUCCGAAUCUGUUCAGUUGAAAGACUUAAUUACCAAGAAGAGACGCUGCACUUUCAGGUGGGUAGUGUAUCUGUUGAGCCUGAUUCACACCCGACUGGGAGAGGCAGCGUUUAGAACAACUAUCCAUCCAUCUCACUCAUCUGGUCCUUCUGGUUUCAUCCAUUCCACUCAUUCAGUCCUCCUGCUGAACUGAAGCCAGAGGUCACCUAGGAUGAGCACCUGAAAGCUCUUUGUCUUAAGUCUUUGUUUCAUGCUCUUUUAACAUAUGCUUUAACUUGAACCAAAACAAUAAUCUAUAUUUGAUGUGUAUGUCAGCUAGACAUCACCAUGUUGCUUUCCUGAGAAUCUGAGAAUUGUUGAUUAUUUCCAACCCUGGCAGCAUUGUUAAAACUCCCAGUUGUCUGCUUUCACGCCGUCUCCCUGCAUCAUAAUAACUCGUCAAACACUCAGGAGUUUCAGACUGGACUUUUUUUGUUGUUUCGAGUCUCGGUCUACUCUCAGACCUGUUGUAGGAUGGAAUUCCUGGUUUCUUCUCUGAACAAGUAGAUCCUGUUUAACAUCACUACCUGAUGCUUUUAAUGAUCUAAAUAAAUUCCUGUUAGUUGUAUAUUCUAACCUCUAAAAAGUGUUUAUAGAAUUUAGCUGAUUUUUAACUUAUCCUUAUGUUCAACAUAAUUAAAACAAAUUUUACACAUGA